GCAGAACACACACCAACACACACACCCGCACCACGCAUCCCCCGCCAUCCGUCGCCAGGUACAUGCCACGGCCGCGGCACGGAAACCCCACGGCCUACCCUCGACGAGCCACGACGGCACUGCUCGCGCGCCCGCGUCUCGGCAGCCAUGGCGGGCUGGUUCGGCACGUCCUCGAACAGCGCCCUCGAUGAGCAGAUUGAGCGCGCCACGUCCUCGAGCUUGGAGGACAUGCCCCUCAACCUCGAGAUAUCCGAUGUCAUUCGCUCCAAGACAGUGCAGCCUAAAGAGGCCAUGCGCGCGCUGAAGCGCCGCAUUGGAAACAAGAACCCUAACGUCCAGCUGGCCACCCUAAACCUUACCGAUACCUGCGUGAAGAACGGCGGCUCCCACUUCACCCAGGAGAUUGCCUCCCGCGAGUUCCUCGAUAACCUCACCUCGCUUCUCAAGGCCCCCGGCGCCGUUGCGCCAGACCAAUCCGUAAAGAACAAAAUGCUCGAGCUGAUCCAGUCGUGGGCACUCGCCGCCGAGGGAAGGAGCAGCCUGAGCUACUUCAACGAAGUGUACUAUUCUCUCCAGCGAGAAGGCUUCCGCUUUCCGCCAAAGGAGCACAUCGCUAGCAGCAUGCUGGACAGCAGCGCGCCUCCAGAAUGGACCGACUCAGAUGUCUGCAUGCGAUGCCGAACAGCCUUCACCUUCACAAACCGCAAACACCACUGCCGGAACUGCGGAAACGUCUUCUGCGGGUCUUGCUCGAGCAAGAGCAUUCCGCUUCCACAUCUCGGCAUCAUGGACCCCGUACGCGUCGACGAUGGGUGCUACGAGAAGUUGAUGAAUAAAUCCCGAGGUACCCCGGCCCCAAGAGGCUUCGAUGCCACCAAACCCAGCCACACUCUAUACCAGGGGUCCAUGGAGCCGCGAAAUCCUCGUGUCGAGGACAGCUUUGAUGCCGACUUGAAGCGAGCGCUGGAAAUGAGUCUGGAAGACGCAAAGGGGCACAGUGGAGCCGGCUUCGUGCCACAGUCGCAAUUGCAGUCACAAAAGUCGCCGACUACGAAUGGAACUUCAAAACCAGCUCCAGAGGAGGAAGACGAUCCAGACCUCGCUGCAGCUAUUGCUGCCUCGUUGGCAGAUAUGGAGGAGCAGAAGAAGCAACAUGCAGCCACUCUGCGGAAGCAAACAUCUGUGUCCAACGGCGCACCUAUUGUGGCACCCAAGAAUGAUUACGAAUUGACGCCGGUAGAGGCCGAGAACAUAAACCUGUUUUCAACUUUGGUGGACCGACUACAGCAUCAGGCACCUGGAACGAUAUUGCGGGAACCACAGAUUCAAGAGUUGUAUGAAAGCAUUGGGAAAUUGCGACCAAAACUUGCGCGGACUUAUGGCGAGACCAUGAGCAAGCACGAUACCUUGCUGGACCUACACGCCAAGCUGUCAACCGUCGUACGUUACUAUGACCGGAUGCUUGAGGAGCGCCUGUCAAACACGUAUAACCAGGCUGGCUCAAUGUAUGGCUUGCCACCUGCUAACCAGCGCCCCGCCUCCACUUUAUACCCCAGCAUCCAGUCUGGGGCCCCGUCCGACCCUCAGGCUGGCGAAAACUUCUACACUGGAAAUGCGGACCCGUACGCCCGUCCACAGUCCUUCUAUGGUGGCGGUUACCAUCAAACACCACAGCCGUCGUACACACCGUCUGCUCCGCCCCCCGACCAGUACCAGCAGCCAGCACAACCAUAUCCCAACCUGUCACAACCACCCCCCAGCACAACCUACCAAAGCCCUGCGUCUCCCCAGCUCCAACGACAAGUGUCCAAUCAACAAUACCCCCCACAGCCUCACUCGGCCUAUCCGCCGCAGGCGCCCCCAUCAACAGUCUCCGACGCCGAAAGCGCAAAUUACUACUACGGCGACACCAACGCAGCCCCGUCUGCUCCGCCCGUGCAGCGCACGCAGAGCUUCACCUCACAGGCGGCUCAUGGGCCGGCCCCUUCAUCGCCGGAAAUGUACCGCGCGCCUCCAGCGCAGACGCCCCUCUCGCCGCCCACCCAGCCCGCCGCCGCCCCGCAGAAUUCUGCCUAUUACCAACAGGCCCCGCCACAGCACAAGCAGCAGCAGCAGCAAUGGCAACAGCCCGCGCAGGCUCCUGGCCAGACAACCUGGCAGCCGGCGCCGUACGCGCAGGGCGGCUACGGCCCCGAGAGUUUCCCCCCACCACCGCAGCACCAGCUGCCCGCCCAGCAGAAGACCAUUGACGAGCCGCUGAUCGACUUGUGAUCUGCGCGCGCGAAACUUCACGCGGAGGUCCCCCCGCUGGGAACCCAGAAGGCGUUGAUGCAUUGCAUUGCAUUGCAUGGCCGAUUCGAGGCGCUGCCGCACUGGGAUGGAAACAGACACACAAACGCCUGCUUGUGGAUUCGCCGGCCUGCGUGCCGGCGCGUCAGGUAUGUCGGCUGGGUGCAACGUUGGUCGUGCGUCGCGUGGAAGACUUCCGAGAUAUGGAUGUCCGCAGGUCAUGUACAGUUGCAUGAGCACGAGAUGGAGAUAGAUACCCUCGAGAUAGCCCAAAACUACGAACGUGUUUUCGUGACAGAUAGAGUCGGGCGCUGCUUGGUGAGCUGGUGUGACCAACGCCGUUACAACGUGCUGCUAUGAUAAGACACUUGAACGAUUCGAUCCGCAGAUUUGAAUUCGGUGUUGAUGUCGGACGACGUAGCCGCCUCUCUGUAUAGUAUUCUAUCC